AUCACUUUAUAGCAACAGUGAUUCGCUCAUGACAUAGCAUCAUCACCCACAACAGUCAUCAUACAGAUAUCUGUCAAGAAUUGCGUAGCUUGGGGGUUGAACAUUCGAAUAUAAAAGAAAUAAGUAUUGGACUUUCACUAUUUGCCUUUGACGUUGGUUCAAGAGUUUAAACAACUUCGCACUAGCAGAAUAUGGCUGGGAACGAGUCUCCUCAAAUUCUAAGAUCUCUCAGUGUGGACAACCAAGAUCUAGCUCGUUUUCAAGAGAACGCUGAAUAUAUUCUAAAGAACGUGGGCGAAGGUAAAAUUCUGUACAAUUCCGGCGUAAAAAACAAGUAUCACUGGCGUUCAAUGUGCUACGCCAGUCAAAACUUCAGAGCCUAUUAUGCUUUAGAGACGUUUCCGGCAAGGCAGGAACUUAUAGCCGAGGCCUUCAGGACUGCAAAAGAGCGCGAUUUCGUUCCCAGGGAUUACUUUAAAGGGAUCAAUAAGGUGGCUAGUUUCGGUUGUGGCCCUGGCUCGGAUUUAUGGGGAUUUAAGGAGUUCUUAAAGGGCGAGUUUGCUUAUAGCAUUAGUAGAGGGAAUAAAUUACCACGCUUCACUGGGUUCGAUAGCGAGCUUGGUUGGAUGCCGUUCGUCGAGGCUCUAGAUUUCGAAUUCUCGUGUAAGGAGAUCGAUGUGGGGUUUCUACGCGAGAUGUUGCCCCAAGAUGUGAUAAUCAUGUCGUACUUCAUAAAGCCCGCGCGGGUAAUGCACAGACCGCCCGAUGAAGCGCGAGAGUUCUGGGAAGAGUUAGAGAAGAAAGCCAAUCUCAUAAUGGUCGUGAAUGAGCACGAUCCUGAGCUACACACGGUUCUAACGAAACGUGGAUAUGACGCGUUUCAACUCCAGGAUGAACUCAAGCAGUGCCCGGCGCAUGUCUAUUGUCUGUACCAGAAUGAGUUCGCACUGCUCACGGCGAGGAGGCGAAACAUCAGACGCUAGACAUCACGAAGAGCAGUACUAAAUCUAAAAAAAAGUUGUUGGGAACUAAAGGGUCGUAGCAGCCAGCAACAACCUACUAAAUGUUCUCUGCA